UGGGGUGUGCACAGAGAUCUUUAAAGAGGAGUGUGGGUUGUGUCAGGAGAAGGUCUACUGCUUUGUACAUCUGAGUGUUCAGGAGUAUCUGGCUGCCUUGUUUGUGUUCCAUUCAUGUGUAAAUGAGAGCAGAAAUGUACUCAGAUCAGGAGAGUCUAAACCCCACAGUGACAGAGUGCAGCUGUCUGAGGUACAUGAGAUUGCAGUGGAUCAGGCCUUAAAGAGUAAGAAUGGACAACUGGACCUUUUCCUCCGAUUCCUGCUUGGCCUCUCUCUGGACUCCAUUCAGAUUCACUUAGGAGGAAUUCUGACACUGAUAAGCAUGUCAUCUGUACCAGACCCACAGACACAGACAGGAAGCAGAUCACCUGUACUAGACUCACAGACACAGACAGAGAGCAGGUCAGAAAGCAUUGAGAAGACAGUCCAGUACAUUAAGAAAAUGAUCAGGGAGGAAUCUUCAGCAGAGAGGACCAUCAAUUUGUUCCACUGUCUCAAUGAACUGAAUGACAACUCUCUUGUGGAGGAAAUCCAGAAUUCCCUGAGAUCAGGAAAACUUUCAGAUAAACAGCUAGAACCACACCAAUGCUCAGCUCUGGCCUUUGUGUUACUGAUGUCAGAGGAGAUCCUGGAUGAGUUUGACUCAAAGACCUACAACACAUCAGAGGCAGGACAUCAGAGACUGGUACCAGUAGUCAGGAACUGCAGGAAGGCCACACUGAACAGCUGUGACCUCACAGAGAAGUCCUGUGAAAUUGUGGCCUCAGCUCUCCAGUCAUCAAACUCACCCCUGAGAGAUCUGGACCUCAGCUACAAUAACCUGGGAGAUUCAGGAGUGAAGCUGCUCUGUGCUGGACUGAUGAGUCCAAACUGUAAUCUACAGAGACUGGGACUGAACAGCUGUGACCUCACAGAGAAGUCCUGUGAAAUUGUGGCCUCAGCUCUCCAGUUAUCAAACUCACCCCUGAGAGAUCUGGACCUCAGAUACAACAAAUUGGGAGAUUCAGGAGUGGAGUUUCUUUGUGCUGGACUGAUGAGUCCAAACUGUAAUCUACAGAGACUGGGGUUGGGUUGGUGUAAUCUCACAGGGGGCUGCUGUGAUGUUCUGGCCUCAGUCCUGCGUUCUCCUCACUCAGAGAUGAGAGAUCUGGAGCUCAGAGACAACGAGCUGCAGGAUUCAGGAGUGAGAGCACUCUCUGCUGGACUGGAGGACCCACACUGUGAACUGCAGAGACUGGGGCUGUCAGGCUGUAGAGUCACACAGAGAGGCUGUGAUUCUCUGGCUUCAGCUCUGUGUUCAAACCCCUCACACCUGAGAGAGCUGGACCUGAGAUACAAUCACCCAGGAGACUCAGGAGUGAGAGCGCUGUCUGCUGCUAAACUGGACACACUCACACUGCUUGUGGACCAUGGAGGAGAGAACAGGACCAAACCCGGACCCAGGAAAUAUGGCUGUCAGCUCACACUGGAUCCAAACACAGCACACAGAGAGUUGUCUCUGUCUGAGGGGAACAGGAAGGUGACACACACACUGUGGAGAAAGGAGCCAUAUCCUGAACAUCCAGAGAGAUUUGGGUACUGGCGCCAGGUUGUGUGCAGGGAGAGUGUGUGUGAGCGCUGUUACUGGGAGGCUGAGUUCAGUGUGUCUGAGGAGGGAGUGGUUGAUUUAGCAGUGACACAUAAAGGAAUCAGCAGGAAAAGAGAGAAUUCUGACUCUAGGUUUGGAUGGUAUAAAAACUCCUGGAGUCUAAGGUGCAGUAAACACCGUGACUUUGAUAAACUCAGUUACUCUGUCAGGCACAAUAAUAACCGAACAGACAUACCUCCCCCCUCCCCCUACUGCAGAGCAGAAGUGUGUGGUGAUGAUGAUGAUGAUGGUAGAGGAGUGUGUGUGUACAGGGUAGGAGUGUGUGUGGACCUUCCGGCCGGCACUCUGUCCAUCUAUAGUGUCUCUGACUCAGACACACUGACCCUCCUGCACAGAUUCCACACACACUUCACUGAACACACACCCCUCUAUGCUGGAUUUACUGUGUUGAACUCCUCUGUGUCUCUCUGCCAACUGGAGUAGAGACACACACACACACACACACUCACACUUAUGCUCUCAUACACACACAUAUACACUCCCAUAUGCAUCACACACGAAGACAUACACACUCGCAUAUGCACCCACACAUGCACACACACACACACACGCAUAUAUACCCAUACACAUCGACAUUCACACACAGGCACACACACUCACAUGCAUAUUCAACCACACACACACACAAACUAGGCACACACAUGCGCACACACAUACGCACCAUCAAACACACCCAUAUGCAACCACACACACACUCACACACACACAUACUGUACUGUUCUCAUACCCACCUGAACACACACACUCCUGCACUCACACACACACACUUACUCUCACACACACGCAAUCAUCUCACACAGACAUGCACGCACACACAGUCACACCCAUAUGCACACACACGCGCAAACACAUGUGCAACCACAUGCACGCAUGUGCACCCACACACAAACGAUGACACACACACAGUUGUGCCCAUGCACAAACAACACACACACACGGGCAUGCCCAUGCACUCACACACAAACUCACACGUACAUACACUCUCAUCCCCACCCGCACACACAUACUUACGCACUCACACACAUACCCACUCACACAUACGCAUUCACUCGCAUGCACACAAACGCACACAUAUUUACCCUCACACAUCAACAUAUGCAUACAGGCACACACACUCAGACUCACACGCACACGCAUACACUACCGGUCAAAUGUCUUAGAACAACUCCAUUUUUCCAGUUUUUAUUGAAAUUUAUGCAGUUGUCUCAAUGUACUCUGAAAUGAAAGCAUACAACAAAUCAACAAUUGGAGAUUAAAAAAAAUAAAUCAUGGAAUCUUUCUGUUUAACACAAUUUAAUCUAAAUUUUUGACUCAAAGUAGCCACCUUUUGCAGAUAUAA